AUAUUAUAUAAACACUUCUAUAGUGAUACAACAUAGAUAAUGUUCUCACAUCUCAUUUAAUGGCUGUGCAACAAUAUGUAGGUUCUUCUUCUUCUUCAUCUUCUAUGGUAACAUCUUUGAAGAAAUUUAAUGUUUUUAUUAGUUUUCGUGGUGAGGAUACUCGCAAAACCUUCACGAGCCAUCUUUACGAAGCUCUUAACAAAAAAGUUCUAACAUUUAUUGACAUUGAGCUUGAAAAAGGAGAUGAGAUCUCAUCAACACUCAACAAAGCCAUUGAGCGGUCAGAUGCAUCUAUAGUCAUAUUUUCAAAAGACUAUGCAUCUUCAAAAUGGUGUUUGGAUGAACUCGUUAAGAUUCUAGAAUGUAAGAGAGAUCGGAGACAGAUUGUCGUACCUGUUUUCUAUGAUUUAGAACCAUCUCAUGUGAGGAAUCAAACCGGGAUUUAUAAGCAAGCUUUUGAAAAACAUGAGCUAGAUUUGAGACACAACAAAGACAAGUUGCAGAAAUGGAAAGAUGCACUCACUGAAGCAGCCAAUUUAUCGGGCUGGAACUCUCAAAAUUACGGGAUGGACUCAAAUUUCGUUAACGCCGUUGUAGAAGAUGUUUUGAAUAAAUUGUAUCGGAGAUACCCAUUUGAAGUUAACAAGGAACUUGUUGGCAUUGAUACAAAGUAUGAAAAGAUGGAAUCUUUACUGAAAAUUGGGUCAAAUGAAGUUAGAUCUCUUGUAUUAUGGGGAAUGGGAGGCAUGGGAAAGACCACUCUAGCCAAACAUUUAUAUGGUAGACUGCAUUCUCAAUUUGAACGUACUUGCUUCAUUGAAAAUAUAAGGGAAGAAUCAACCAAACAUGGACUCACCUACGUCCGUAAUAAACUUUUUUCUACAUUGUUGGAGCUUCCUCUCAAUACACCUUAUGUAGAAACCCCAAUUUUCAAAAACAAACUUGCACAUGAAAGGAGUCUCAUUGUGUUGGAUGAUGUGGCAACCUUAGAACAAGCAGAAAAUAUUAACAUAGUCAAUAAAUACUUGGGAGAGGGAAGUAGAGUCGUUAUCACAACUAAAGAUAUGCAGAUAUGUAGCCAAUUUGACAAGUGUGACAUAUAUAAGUUUGAGGAAAUGAAUGCAGAUGAAUCUGUUCAACUAUUCUGCAAGAAUGCUUUUGGAGAAAAAUGUCCUAAGGAUGGAUAUGAUAAUCUAUCAAAAAAGGCAAUUCUUUAUUGCAGAGGCAAUCCCUUAGCUUUGAAAGUUUUAGGUGCAAAUUUUCGUACAAAAAAAAGUAAAAAAGAGUGGGAAAGUGAAUUGGAGAAACUCAAAAAGAUUCCCAAUAGAAAAAUCUAUGAUGUGUUAAAAUUGAGUUAUGAUGACUUAGAUCGUACUCAACAAGACAUAUUUCUAGACAUUGCAUGCAUCUCCAGACCACCGGUUUAUUAUAACUCUCUUACUCAAAAAGAUUACUUAACAGCAGUAUGUAAUGCUUGCAAGUUUUAUGCAGAGAGUGGAUUAGAAGUCCUUUUAGAUAAAGCGCUCAUAUAUUUUGAUUCCAAGCACUUUAUCACAAUGCAUGCUUUAUUAAAAGAAAUGGGAAAAGAGAUUGUCAUGACAGAAUCUGUCAAAGACCCCGGAAGAAGAAGUCGAUUGUGGGAUCAAAAGGAUGUGUAUGAUGUAUUGAAGUACAAGAAGGGAACUGAAGUUGUUGAAGUUAUAGAAUUUAAUAUUGAUCAACUUGAGGAUUUGUACUUGAGCUCUGAUUCUUUUAAAAGCAUGACCAACUUAAGACAUCUUCAUAUUGAGUCUAUAGAUAGAGAAAAUAGACUGCAUCUCCUUGAAGGUCUUGAGUGGUUGUCUGAUAAAUUGAGGCAUCUUUGUUGGAUUUUAUUCCCACUAGAGUCUUUGCCAUCAACCUUCUGUGCAGAAUGGCUUGUACAGCUUAAAAUGCAGCAUAGCAAGCUUAAAAAGCUUUGGAAUGGAAUUCAGAGGCUUGACAAUUUAAUGAUUCUUGAUCUUAAUUACUCCGAAGACCUGAUUGAGAUUCCAGAUUUAUCAAGAGCCCCAAAUCUUCAAAUAGUAUCCCUUUCUCGUUGUGAGAGUCUCUGUCAACUCCAUGCAUCCAUUUUCAGUAUCCCCAAGCUUAUAGAACUACAUUUAGAUGGCUGCAAAAAAAUUGGAAGCCUGAAAAAUAACAUUCAUUUAAAAUCUCUCCAAUUACUUGAUCUCUCUUUUUCUUCAUAUCUUACGGAAUGUUCGGUGACAUCUGAGGAAAUUGAGUUGUCUUUAUGGGGCGCUGUUGUACACGGAUAUUCUUCAUUGAUGUGGUGCAAUAAGAAACUUACAGGACUGCACCUUACAGAGUGUACACAAAUCAAUACAUCGAGUCUUUGGUUCAUCCUUGAUGGCACGCCGUCUUUAAAAAAACUAUAUUUGAGGAAUUGCUGCAACUUAGAAAUUCUCCCUCACAACAUCCAAAAUAAUUCAAUGUUGGAAAUUCUUAUUUUAAAUGAAUGUUCAAAACUUAAGUCUAUACCAAAGCUUCCAGCCUCCUUGCAAACUCUUGAAUUAAAUGAAUGCAGGAAACUUAAAUCCCUACCAAAACUUCCAGUUAGCUUGCAAAACUUGAAAGCCAGGAAUUGCAUUCAUUUGGACACUAACCCCGUUCAACGAUCAAUACUUGAGAAUAUGUCACUGAGUAACAGGAAUCUGCCAACUUAUCAUUGGGAGUUCUUUUACUUUCCAGGUGGUGAAGUUCCUAGGGAGUUUUAUUUUCAUACAGCAAAGGCUUCCAUAGUUAUUCCUCCUAUUCCAAAAUAUGGUUUGUGUGGUUUUUUCAUUUGCAUAAUUCUCUCUGAAGAAGCGGGUCUCGUUUUCUCUGGUGAAAUUAUUUGUACUAUUUAUCAACACACCAAAGAAAUUGACCAAAGGACGCGGUGUUGUACAAAAGGAUUAAUUUCAGAUCAUGUAUUGUUAGACUACAUAAUCUGUUAUGAUUCCGAUUGGGUGAAGGUUGGGAGUGAAAGUGGAGGUCAUGAUUUUAACUUUUCAUUUAAAUUCAGUAGUGAAGAACUUCAAGGUCUGAGAAAAGAGUGGAUCAAGGGCUGUGGGGUCAUUCCUGUUUAUGACUUGAAACAUAGUUUUGUGUUGGAGGAUGGUAGAAUUAGUGGAGUUGAAAUUGUUGAAAUACAAUCCAACGCUCAGCUAUUAUCUGAUGAUAUUAAAGUUUUUGAUGAUUGUCAACAAAAUUCGAAAUUUGAUAUUAAUGAGUCACAACACCAAGAAAUCGGAGCUGAAAAUGAAGAUGACCAGCACAAACUAAUUAUUCCUCAGACAGAAAAUUUGGAGGAGUUAAACGAUAAAUCUUCUUGUUCAUGUUCAAUCGGUCUUUUGUUGAAGCACAUACUAGAAGAAUCAAAACGUCUAUUUCUAAAGUAAAGAUAAGGCAGCAUCAAAACUUUCAUUCAUAAGUAUGUAUUGGUUUUUCGUUUCUCUUGUUGUGAUAAAUUUAUUUUUAUUUUUAAUAAGCAAUAUGAAUUAAUAUAGAAAAAAUAUAGGAUCUCGGAUACAAAAGAACUAAAAGACAAAAAGAGAAAUAAUUCUCACGGAUUGCUACCUAACUUAAGUAAUAUAAUGAGUUAUUGCUAAACUCAUAAAAGUUACAAUUAGGUUGAGUAAUUUUUUCGAUAUACGACGACCUCCAAACAAGCACUUUACACCCUCAAGAAAAGUUGUUAAAAAUAAUACCAUUCAUACACAACUAAAGACUCCAAACAAUAGUCAUCCAAACAACACCUGCCUUACCUCGUCUGACUUGAUUAAAAAAACAAUAGGACCACCAAAUCCUUAAGCUUUCUUUGAAAUCAAAGGAGAUAUGAAUAGCACACGGUCUUUAAAAUAACUAUAUUUGAGCAUCCCAUACCUCUAAUUGAAGCAUCUUGCAAGAGAGACAAAGCAAAGAGAUCCGGAAAAAUAUCCUUUAUAAUUCCCUCAUCCAACCAUCGAGCAUGCCAAAAAGAAAUAGAGUAACCAUCUACAUAUCUAGCCUUCAACAUCCGAAACCACAAAGAAUUCGAGGCUCCUAAAUUCUCCAAUUCCACUUCAAAAGAAGCGCAUUGUUGAAUUCUUCUAAUCUUCUAAUACCGAGACCACCCUUCUCAACCGGAUUGCAAUCAUCUUUCCAACUAACCCAAUGAACUUUCUUGAUCCCUUCCGACCCCCCCCACCCCACACAAAAAAAAAAAAAAUUGUUUUGCAUCUUAUUAAUCUCCAUAAUAAUUUUCUUAAGGGCUUUGUAAAAGGAUAGAGUGAAAAUUGUUAAACUACUCAACACCAAUUUUAAAAGAGUAAUCCUCCUUCCAAAAUUAAGCCAUCUCCCUUUCCAAGAGUUCAAUCUCCUCAUAAUGUUUUCCAAAAGAGGCCUCCAAGAUGAGAUUCUUUUAGGAUUAGAACCAAUAAAGAUACCAAGAAAUUUGAACACUUUAUCAUCCGUCCUACAAGAAUGAAAAGAAGUUGCCACUCCCAAAAAAUGCGGAUUAAUGUUUGAUACCAAUGAGCUUACUCUUGUGAUGAUUAAUACCUCACCUCGACACCAAUUCAAAGCCUCUCAAAACAAUCUUUAUCGCCCAAAGAUGAUUCUAACUCCCAUCUCCUACAAAUAAGGUGUCGUCCGUGAAUUGAAGGAUAUCAAUAAAACAUUUUCCAUUAACGUUGCACCCCACGAAACCUCCAUUUUCAACCGCCUUCCCUACUAAAACCUUUAACCCUACCGCCACAAUGACAAAAAGAAAAGGAGAAAUAGGAUCACCUUGACGUAAACCCCUUUCCACGAAAAAUUCCUUGGUAGGACUAGCAUUAACAAGAACCGACAUAUUGCUUGUAAAAACCAAAGACUCCAUCCACUUCAUCCACCUUAUCCGGAACCCCAUCCUCCUCAUCAUAUAUCUAAGGAAAUUCAAACUCACUUUAUCAUAAGCUUUUUCGAAAUCCACUUUAAAAAGAAGACACUUUUUCCCUUCCUUAAUAGAAUAAUCCACCAAUUCAUUGGCAACAAGAACUCCAUCAAGCAUUUGUCUACCCGGAACGAAGGCGCCUUGACAAUUAGAGGUUAUCGAAAAAAGGACCUUCUUAAUAUUACUAGCCAAUAAUUUAGAAAUAAUCUUAUACAUGCAUCCCACUAAAUAAAUUGGACGAUACUCAUCAAUACCCGACAGAUUAUAAUACUUCAGAAUAAGAGUAAGAAAUGAAGAUGUUAUAGAUUUCGACAAACCGCUCUGGAAAAAAAAGGCGUUGAAACACGAGAAAACAUCGUCUUUUAGAAAGAACCAACAAUUCUUUAAAAAGAGGAGGGAAAUACCAUCCGGCCCCGUACUUUUCGACCCAUCGCAACUCCACACCACAUCUUUUAUCUCCACCUCCGAGAAAGGAACCUCAAGAGAUAAGCUAUCCUUCGAACUCAAGGAAUUAACAAAAAUACCAUCCAAGGAAGGUCUAUUGAAGCAAUCCUCCUUAAAUUUAUUUUCAAAAUGAGAUUUCACCUCUUCCUUAACCUCCUUAACCGAAUUCAAGACUCCAUUACUAAAAUUUAAAGAGCUAAUAUGGUUCCUUCUCCUCCUCCCCUUCAUAGUUCUAUGAAAGAAUUUACUAUUAGAAUCUCCAUCGUUCAACCACUUUAAACGAGACUUUUGGAU